CGCUGGCGACGACGAGAGGAGAGUGGUUACCCCUUAUCGGGGGUGGCUCCAAGACCAGUAGCUGUAGCAAUAUUUAUAGACUCCAGGGGCGGCCGUUGCUUGGUCAUCGCUAGCGCUGCCCACUCAAGUGCCCACUCCAGUCGGUCCUAAGCCAGAACGGAACGGAACGGAACCCAAACGAAAACAAAAAACUAGCCUAUAAAAGGCAGGCGAUCUUUGCGAUCGCCAACUCAGUAACACGAACCACCCACAGGUGGCCGCGACGCGUUAUAUAGAUCAUAGCAUCACGCUAGUCACCAUACCAUACCCACCGACGAUCCACGCACGGGAUUAUUAUGAAGGCGCAUUUCGGUGUCCUGGCAGUCGCGCUGCUGUUCGCGACUGUCUGUGCCCAGGAUACCUCGUCCAACUACCUGCUCAGCGGUCACUCCACUCCGCUGGCCAGCAGCUUUGCCCACCAGUUCUUCACAUUGGCCUCCCAACGCGCCGAACUCGCCAAUAGGACGAGCACCCAGGUGAUUCGGGCCUACGAGGAUCGCGCCUACGACGAUGACCUCUGCGAACGGGAUAUCAGCCUGAUUCGGGAUUCAAUUAACAAUUUGGAGGAGUGGGCUCUGGAAUUUCCCGACACCUGGGGUCGCUUGCCCAUGGGUCUCUUCUGGGGCCACACGAUCAGCAUGGGCCAGUACGAGGAGUGCGUGGCAGCCAGCAGUACGCACACCACGGAGAUCCGUGGACAGUAUUGCUUGGCUAGUGUGAACAUAACCACGUUCUAUCAGUCGGUUAAGAAGCGCGGCGAAGAGUUCACCCGCAUUAGCUAUAAGCAAACCGAUCCGGAGAUCUUUGAGCUUGGCAUCUGUAUUCCCAAGACGUGCAGCGCUUCCAAGACCGAUGCGUUGCUCAAGUACGCCAUCACCCACUUUUAUGGCCAGGAUGUGACGGAAUCGGACUUCACAAUGGUAACGGAAACGCGCUGCAAAUACGAUGCGCCCAUCGAGCUGCGCGGCAUUGACAUUUUCGCCAUCAUUUUCUUCUCGCUGAUCAUCUUCUUCAUGGUGGCGAGCAGUGUCUACGACUACAUUCAGACCCGUAAAGGAGCCCCCAAGAAGCCACUGCUGGUCGCCUUUUCCGUGCUGACCAAUGCACCGAAAAUUUUCACCGUCAAGAAGGUGAACAAUCCCAAUGUGAUUCACUGCCUAAAUGGACUGCGAUGCUUCAGCAUGAUGUGGGUGGUGUUUGGCCACGGCUACAUGACCUUCUACGAUCUGCCACAUAUCAACAGGAACAAGUUCUACACCUGGGUGCAGACCCCCUAUUCGAUGUUGGUCCAGAACGGCUCCCUCUGCGUGGACACCUUCUUCUUCAUGUCCGGUCUGCUGAUGUGCUGGGGUGCCUUCCGCGAAAUGGAGCGCACCAAGGGCAAGCUGAACAUCCCGAUGAUGUACUUCCAUCGCUACAUUCGACUCACUCCGGUGGUGGCCGUCGUCGUCCUCUACAUUAUGUCGCUGUAUAAGUACUCGGGCGCCGGACCCAUGUGGUUCAAGCUGGGCACCCAGGAUAAGAGAUGCGCCGACACCUGGUGGGCAACGCUGAUCUACGUCCAGAACUAUGCCUUCCCCUACAGCAUUUGCAUAUCUCAAUCGUGGUAUUUGGCCGUGGACACCCAGCUGUACUUCCUGUCGCCACUGUUCCUCAUUCCGCUGUGGAAAUGGGGCAAGAAGGCCUUGGUGCCCAUCGUGAUCGUACUGAUCUUGUGCUUGGGUGGAACCUUUGCCACAUUUAUGUUGAAUGACUUUACGCUGUUCCGUGUGCAGGACGAUCAUGUGGAUCUGCGACAGCGAUUGACCUACUAUCCGACCCACACUCGAAUUCCCACCUGGUUGAUUGGCGUGAUCUUUGGCUACUUCCUGUUUACCCGUAACCGUGGACGCCAGAUUCCGAUGUCCAAGCCCAUGGUCCUGACCGGCUGGUUUGUGGCCUUUGGAACGAUGUUGGCCUGCAUGUGGGGACCAUAUUGGCGCAUCCUGCCGGACACCCCCGACUCGCCACUGAUCGAAGGCGCCUUCUUUGAGCCCCUCAGCAGAACGUCGUGGGCUCUGUCCAUCGGCUGGAUCGUUUGGGCCUGCUACAAUGGUCAUGGCGGUCUGGUCAAUGACUUCUUGUCCUGGGGCUUCUUCACGGGCUUCAGCCGAUUGUGUUACUGCAUGUACGUCAUUCAUCGCAUUGUCCAGCUGGUCAACGCCGCUCGUCUGCAGACAGACACCCACUUCUCCAACUACGAUGCGAUCCUCCGCUGGUGGCACGACUUUGGCAUCACACUUACCGCCUCGAUCUUUGCCACUUUGGCCUUCGAGGCACCCAUUUUGGGCAUCGAAAAGGCCAUUUUCGGCAAGCCGGCGCCCAAGAAGCCAACUCCCGGUGAGCUGGCCAGGACUGCCCCGGUGGCAGCCGCUGCUGCUGCCGCUGAACUGGAACCGAAACCGGAGCCGGAAGCGGAACCGGAAUCGGAAGCCAAGGAGACCAAGACGGAAAUAGCGCCCGUUCCCACGAACGAAGAGAAUCCAUCCAAGGCCUAGACUCUGCAGCCUCAACACGAUUUUUUUUUUACCACCAUGCGAACCAAUUUAUUGUGCGUAGUUAGUUUAAUUUAUUAAAAAAAAUUAUUUUCAACAUUUAAACGGUUCAGCUAUUUA